AUGUCUAAAAGCGAAUGUGUCUCUGAGUCUGAAACCGAUGUACUCAUUCUCGGCGCCGGACCCUCUGGUCUAAUGACCGCCUACUGGAUGGCACGUUACGGCAUCCGAACUCGAAUCGUCGACAAACGUCCCACGAAGGUGUUUACCGGUCACGCUGAUGGAAUCCGUAUGCGGACGUUGGAAAUCUUCGAUAGUAUGGGGAUCUACCACAGGGUUGAACAUGAGGCACAUCCAGCUGUUGAGCCUGGGUUCUGGGUGCCCGGACCGGAGGGCAAAUUGAUCCGCCAAGGGCCUAUUACCCCAUCCCAAGUCUUUGAAUCGCCGUAUCACCAUAUGCUUUUGAGUCAAGGCCGCAUUGAGCGGUUUGUGCUGGAUAGCAUCCGAGAGCACUCGGACAUCGAAGUUGAGCGUGGUAUUCUUGCCGAGUCAUUGGAUUAUAAUGAGACACUCGGAAGCAAGAAUGAGUAUCCCAUUACCGUUACCCUGAGACAUUCUGGCUCCAACAAUAAUAUCACGAUCCCCGGUGACUUGGAGGAUGGCGAAUGGGAUGAUUUGACUCGGCAGCGGAAAAGAGCACCUGGGAAGAAGGAGAUUAUAAAAGCGAAGUAUAUCAUCGGCUGUGAUGGAGCGCAUAGUUGGACGAGAAAGCAGCUGGAUAUUCCGUUUGAAGGGGCGAGUACAGAGCAUAUCUGGGGCGUGAUUGAUGUCGUGCCAAUAAGCGAUUUUCCCGAUAUUCGUCGACUGGGCACGGUGACCAGUCCAGCAGGCACGAUCCUAGUAAUCCCUCGCGAAAGGAAACUAGUCCGCUUCUAUGUCCCCGUCCAUGUCGCCAACGACGAGACCCCAAACGGCCGCUUCGACCGCUCAACAAUCACACCCGAAAAGAUCAAAGCGCGCGUCCAGGCUAUUUUGUCUCCAUUUACCUUCGACUUUCAGAUUCUCGAUUGGUGGACGGCAUACCAGAUUGGCCAGCGCAUUGCCCCGACAUUCGCAAAAGGAGACCAUGCAUUCCUAGCCGGUGAUGCGGUACACACGCACUCACCGAAGGUAGGCUUAGGCAUGAACGUCAGUAUGCAAGAUGGAUUCAACAUCGGCUGGAAAGUUGCUCUGGUGGUUGCGGGUGUUGCCGACCCAGCCAUCUUGAACACGUACAACGAAGAAAGACACCGGAUUGCGGAAUUAUUGCUCGAGUUCGAUAAGCUUUGGUCGUCUUACUUCACUGCUGAGACCAAACCACCCGGGGAUGGGGCACCAGGUAAGACGGAGAAUAUGAUUAAAGUUGUGGAGGAGUUUCAGAGCUUUGCAGAUGGUGUAAAAGCGUUUUAUGGUGAUAGUCCGUUGGUUUGCAAAGGGAUAAAAGAACAUGAAGGGCCUGUGUUUGCAGUUCAUCUCGUCCCAGGGGAACGGGUUCCCCCAGCCAAACUUCGUCAGCCGGCUGAUGCGACGAUAAGAUGGUCUAUGGGGAUUAUGGAGAGUGAUGGGCCGUUCAGACUUGUUGUUUUAGCUGGGGAUAUUAGUGAUCAAGAGCAGAAGGCGCGUGUUGAUGCUCUUGGUCUUUGGCUGGUGGGUCUGGAUGAGUCGAAGCCAUCUGUUCUGACGCGUUAUGCUUCGAUCCCAGGACGCUUUGAUAGCCUUGUUGAUACGUUGACAAUUCAUAGUGCUCCGUGGACGGAGGUGGAGUUCUUUGAUUUUCCGGAGAGCUUGCGCCCGUUUGAUCCUGUUAUGGGCUGGGGCUAUGAGAAGAUUUGGUGCGAUGAUCCCUGUGUCUGGGAUAAGGACUGUGAUGGGAAGGCGUAUGAGAGGUGGGGCGUUGAUCGAGUUCAUGGUGCAAUGUUCGUUCUUCGACCGGAUCAGUAUAUUGGAUGGGUGGGUGAGCUAGAAGACGUGGAGGGCUUGACUCGCUACUUGGAUGGUUUUUUGAUCCAAAAAUGA